AUGGCCGCCCUAUUGAUAAUCGAUAUGCAGAUCGACUUCUGCAAAGGAGGAGCCCUGGGCAUCAACGAUGGGGCAGAGGUUAUUCCCUUUAUUAAUCAGUUACGCCAAAGUAGACAUUACGACAUGGUCGUCAUCACUCAGGAUUGGCAUCCUCCACAUCAUUGCUCUUUUGCUUCCCGAUAUAAUAAGCAGCCGUUCACUCCAUAUGGCGAUCAUGACUAUCUGUGGCCAGACCACUGUGUACAGGACACCCCAGGGGCCCAGCUGCACCCGGAUCUAGUGGUAGAGAAAACAGAUGUACGCAUCCGGAAAGGGACAAAGGUGGAUCUGGAUGCUUACUCAUGCUUCGGGGGAACCAAACUAGCACAAUUUCUCCGAGAGCACCACAUAAAGACAUGCGACAUAGUUGGUUUGGCAUUCGACUUUUGUGUUCGUUACAGCGCUAUCGACGCCCGCCGAGAAGGGUUCGAAGUGCGUGUAUUCCGCGAAGGCUCCAGGCCAGUUGACAAGGAUGCUGUCGACAUAGUUAUUAAAGAGCUGACUGAGCUCGGCGUUAGAGUAGAGUGA